CGUCAACAUUCAGCUGCAGUUCAAUUUUCGUUGUCGUCGGUCGGGGCCGCAAAUUGCUGCCGGAGAAAAUUUAAAUUAUUUUGUACUUUUCCCCGAUUAAUCGAUAGUCCACCGGAACGACCGGACCACCCCGCCACCAUGCGAAUCCUGGUGAAAAUCGCAAUUCUGAUUGCAAUCUCACUGUGCCUGUUCCACCAUGCGGACAGCCAGACCAAGGGCCGAACGGCUCAGCCACUGUCGGAGAAGGUCCAACAGCUGCUGGAGAUGAACGCCAAGCGGCCGGUGAUGCGGUUCAACGGGAACCGCUUCCGGGACUUUGUCAAAUCGGUGCCCCGGAACUACUCGAUGGUCAUCAUGUUUACGGCGAUGGCCCCGGCUCGGCAGUGUGUCAUCUGUCGACAUGCCCACGACGAGUACACGAUAGUGGCCAACUCGUACCGAUACUCGCAGGUCUACUCGAACAAGCUGUUCUUCGCCAUGGUAGACUUUGACGAGGGCUCGGACGUGUUCCAGAUGCUGCGUCUGAACACGGCCCCGGUCUUCAUUCACUUCCCGGCCAAGGGAAAGCCAAAACCGGCCGACACCAUGGACAUCCAGCGGGUGGGCGUCUCGGCCGAGGUCAUCGGCAAGUGGAUUCAGGAGCGGACCGACGUUCAGAUCCGCAUCUUCCGCCCGCCCAACUACUCCGCCACUGUGGCCAUCCUGAUGCUGACGGCGUUUGUCGGUGGUUUUCUGUACCUGCGACGCAACAAUCUGGACUUUUUGUACAACAAGCAGAUGUGGGGCUUCCUGGCCGUUAUCUUCUGCUUCGCGAUGGUUUCCGGCCAGAUGUGGAACCACAUCCGCAGCCCACCGUUUGUGCACAAGGGUCAACACGGCAUCGCGUACAUCCACGGGUCCUCGCAGGGCCAGCUGGUGAUCGAGACGUACAUCAUCAUGUUCUUAAACGCCAUGAUCGUCACCGGUAUGAUCCUGCUGACCGAGUCGGGCUGGCAAACCGACGCCCGCAAGGGCAAAAUCGCCGCCGUGGUCGGACUGGUGCUGGUCGCGGUGUUCUUCUCGCUUAUCCUCUCGAUCUUCAGAUCCAAAGCACAAGGCUAUCCCUAUAGCUUCUUAUUUAAGUAAACUACACACGAAAACUAGCACUGUUCUCAAAUUGAUUCGGUUGUGCUCGCGUGUGUGUGUGCAAUGGGUUAAGUCCUACGAAUCAGCAAGUAAUGAAUUGACUGUCACCGUAAUCACACAUUUUUUUCCAUCAUGUUUCGCGUUGGCGAGUUUACCAAAAUCACAUUGAUUUGUUUUUAGGUGUGACAACUAUUAGGGUGCAAAAUAAUCUGUCCGGUAAAUAACUAAACUAAACAAUACAUUUUCUUGUUCACAACUGUCA